UGAAAUUAGCAGACCAACGUCGUAUGCAGAUACAGCUGCUGAAGACAAUGCGGAGCAGACUCUCACGUUGGUGUCUGCUCAAUCUUCUAUACUUGUGAGCCACAGAAACCCGGGAAGUUCACUGUACGUAUGAUGUAUUGAAUCUGCGUUUCUUUAUGGGGGCUAUGGGAUGAAGCAUGUUGCCUCUCGCAAUAAAUAAUACAGAAAGGCUCGGUGUAAAGAGCUCCAUUAUAUGCAAUGCUUUGCCAAGAAACAUCCGCCUAGUACUAUGUUUCGAUCAAGAUUAUCAUAUUUGAUGUUCUUCGCUCACGUCAUAGCAUCUGUUUUUGCAGUGGAUGCUUCAAAAGGUGCCUCAGCAUUGAAUCCAAGAUGCCUCGUGGAAGCCACGGUAGAAGACUGUGAGACAAUUUUGCUAAGCUUUAGCUAUAGCAAUGAGACAAAAACAUGCGAAAAGGGCUUUGUCUGCUCCAACUGCAAAAACAGAUUUGAGACUGAACUUGAAUGUAUGACUGCGUGCCCGAAGGAGCCUGGGAAGAGAGGAAAAGGAAGAAAGCGGGGCAACUGCAGGUAUUGGCUGCUCUAUGGUGGACGCUGUCAACAAAGCUGGAUGGAAUUUAGAAAAAACAAACAAGGAAUAAGGCGCCGACUGCUCUUCUACACUGGCUGUAGGGCCGAUUGGGGAAUUUUGUACGUAUAUGAUUUUCUGCGAAAGAAAUGCCAUGCUGUGAAGGUUAAGCAGAAUGGAGACAUCUUGAACGAAGAUAUCGAAGGGACCAAAGCAACGCCUCUCAAAGGACAAGCAUCUAUUCCGCAAGUUCGGGAAUAUCAAACAACGCUCCCUCUUCAAACCAUAGACGAAACGAAUAAUUUGGAGUCUCAGCACAAGUUAUAACACACAAUAAACGGCCCGUAGUUUA